AAACCUCUGAAACCCGCCUCUUCAAACACUAUCUUAAAUAAGCCCACAUCAAUUCUUGAGGUGAAAUGUACUUUAUGACUGUGAGAUGUGGUUGUCUCACCUAGCUAUCUUAAGAUGUACUAACUGUAAGUCGCUCUGGAUCUGCUAAAUGAAAGAAGGCUUUUGACUCCAUCUCGAGAACAUACUUAUGGAACGCUAUGACAGCCUUAUGGGCUCCCAACGAGUUUCAUGAACAUGAUGAAAUGUAUGUCUUCCAACUCCGUAUGCAGAGUGAAUGUAAAUGGCCACCUGACAGAGGAUAUAUUCAAUAAAGAUAUUAAAGCAAAAAUAACUCACAAAAAAACAAGAGGUUACGCAAAAAAACUGUCUGUAUCUCAAGAGAAAAGAAACGGAGAUGUAUAGUUUUGAAGCUGAUCUUGUAAACCUUUUUUAAAAAGCAAAGUAGGGGCGCACUGUUCCUCCAGUUCCUUUUAAAAUCCUGCGUACCCUAAGUCUAUCACAGAGCGCUUGCCUUGCACGCAGCAACCAACAUAGCCGCGCACUCUGCAAAGCUCCGCCAGAUAACCCUUCGUGCUACAGUUAUAACAAAGUUUAAAGCGUUGCGUCGCUUGGUUUGCGUCCUGGUCCCUUGUCUCAGUGACGGAGGCUAUUGUCUGUGAGCUGGAGCGGAGCUCAGUGCGGUGCAGUGUCCAGUUACAUAGCGCGCUGCGCGAGGAGACACGAGGACAGAAAAAUAUACGACCCUGGAGAGACGGCAUAGAGAGAGAGACCUGGGAAAUCUGCUCUGCAGUCAGAGACUGAGUUUCUGGACGUUUUGGAUAUGAGAACGCAAACUGUGAUUACUCUACCUUUACCUUCAUUUCCCUGAGCCACGCCAACACUCACCUUCUUCUUCAGACUGGUUGAAACUCGCAGCUUCGCUCCUGCUAGAUGAACGGGAGUAGUUGGAGACUUAACUUGGCGUGUCUCUCCGAUGCGAUUGGCUCACGGCCCAACAGGAAGUGAGCGACACCCCACCUCCCCAUGGCUCAGCCUUCGGCGGGUCGCUCCUCCCUUACCCAGCAUGUUGUGCUGCUUCUGCAGUGCAUUCUAGUCCUGCAGGCUGGCGGCGUGGUCUGCAGGAAAGGGCCGGUGCUGCUGCCUGAGUCACCCUGUCACCGGGCUGAACACCCCCUUAUCUCACACACAGAUAUGGAGCCGUGGAUCCACAGGUUCCGGGCUGAGGGCACGGUGGAUUACUCUCAGCUAACCUUUGACCCCAGCCAGAAUGAACUGAUAGUCGGAGCCAGAAACCACCUGUUCAGACUCAAUCUGGAGGACCUAUCGCUGAUUCAGGAGGCGGAAUGGCACUGUGAUGAGUUCACUAAGGGAGCCUGCUUCAGCCGGGGGAAGUCAGAGGAGGAAUGUCAGAACUACAUCAGAGUGCUGCUGGUGAAUGGAGACAGACUGUUUACCUGCGGAACCAACGCUUUCACACCAAUCUGCACCAACCGCACUCUGACCAACCUGACAGAGAUCCAUGACCAGAUCAGUGGGAUGGCCCGUUGUCCCUACAACCCUCUCCAUAACUCCACAGCCCUGAUCACCUCCAGUGGAGAUCUGUAUGCUGCCACCGCCAUGGACUUCUCUGGCAGAGACCCAGCUAUCUACCGCAGUCUGGGGGGGCUGCCGCCUCUACGCACCGCACAGUACAACUCCAAAUGGCUGAAUGAGCCUAACUUUGUCUCCUCCUACGACAUCGGGAACUUCACCUACUUCUUCUUCCGGGAGAACGCGUUGGAACACGACUGCGGUCGGACCGUGUUCUCACGUGCUGCUCGGGUCUGUAAGAACGACAUUGGAGGACGCUUCCUAUUGGAGGACACCUGGACCACGUUCAUGAAGGCACGGUUGAACUGCUCUCGACCAGGGGAGAUACCGUUCAACUAUAAUGAACUACAGGGGACUUUCUACCUGCCAGAGUUAGACCUGCUCUAUGGGAUCUUCACUACUAACGUGAACAGCAUAGCAGCGUCUGCAGUGUGUGCCUUCAACCUCAGUGCCAUCACCCGUGUGUUCGGUGGCCCAUUCAAGUACCAGGAGAACUCUCGCUCCGCCUGGCUACCUUACCCCAACCCUAACCCUGACUUCCAGUGUGGUACCAUCGACUAUGGUUCCUAUUUGAACCUGACAGAGCGGAACCUGCAGGAUGCCCAGAAGUUCCUGCUGAUGAACGAGGUGAUCCAGCCGGUCCAGCCUGUCCCUUACUUCAUGGAGGACAACGUUCGCUUCUCCCACGUAGCUGUGGACGUGGUGCAGGGCAAAGACAUGCUGUUCCACAUCAUCUACCUGGCUACAGACUAUGGCACCAUCCGUAAGGUCCUGUCUCCUCUGAACCAGUCCAUGGGCAGCUGUCUAUUGGAUGAGAUUGAGUUGUUUCCGCCCAGGAGGAGACAGCCAAUCAGAAGCCUCCUGAUCCUGCACAGCAGCAGUGAUUUGUAUGUCGGCGUCAGGGACCAAGUCAUCAAGAUACCACUGAUGAGAUGCGACUUUCACAAGACCAGAGAGGGGUGUGUGGGGGCGAGGGACCCCUACUGUGGCUGGGACCUGGUGUUAAGGAAGUGUACCACCCUGGAGGAGAGCGUCAGCAUGAGCCAAUGGGAACAGAGCAUCACUAAAUGCCCUGUGCGUAACGUGACGUUGGAUGGAGGGUUUGGGCCAUGGACAGGCUGGGGGGCCUGUAGCCAUACUGAUGGGGGCAGUGCUGGUUCCUGUCUGUGUAGAACCAGGCCUUGUGAUAAUCCCAAACCCCAGUGUGGGGGUCAGUCCUGUCACGGACUCAGCGUUGAGGUCGCCAACUGCUCCAGGAAUGGUGUGUGGAGCCCCUGGAGUCUGUGGAUCCCCUGUAGCACCAGCUGUGGCAUUGGCUUCCAGGUCCGACAGAGGUCCUGCAGCAACCCCACCCCGCGCCACGCAGGACGAGUGUGUGUGGGGCAGAACAGAGAGGAAAGGUAUUGCAACGAGCACCUGCCCUGCCCACCUCAUGUCUAUUGGUCGGCAUGGUCAGCAUGGGAACGCUGCACGGUGCCCUGCGGAGGCGGCAUCCAAUCACGCCGCAGGACCUGCGAGAACGGUAACGAGUGCCCCGGGUGCGCUCAGGAGUACCAGUCGUGUAACACCCAGCCCUGUCCUGACCUGAAGAAGACCACCCCCUGGACCCCCUGGACGCCGGUCAACAUCUCGGACAACGGCGGUCACUACGAGCAGCGCUUCCGGUACACCUGUAAGGCCCGUGUCCCUGAACCUGCUCUGCUGGAGGUGGGCCGGCAGAGAAUAGAGAUGAGGUACUGCUCCAGGGACGGUUCCACUGGAUGCUCUACUGACAGAGAUCUGCUGCGGUCGGGUAAGAUCUCCGGCCACACUGUGAACAGAGACUGGACAUCCUGGAGCUCCUGGUCUCAGUGCAGUAGGGACUGCAGCCGAGGGAUACGUAGCCGUAAACGGUUCUGUGACUCCCCUGAACCACCCCAUGGAGGACAGACCUGCCUGGGACCUGCUCAGGAGUACCAGGAGUGUAACAUCACACCCUGCCCAGGUGAGAUAGAGAGAUACAUACACCUGAACACACACACACAUCUAAACAUAUAAACAUACACACACACA